AUGGGUCAUGAAUUGCUGAGGAAGAAACAAGCUAACGUGGUAGAAUUGUUAUCGACGGAAGACGUUCAAAAUAUGAUUACGAGACCCAGUAAUGUUGCUAUAGCGUUCACCUUCCCAAUCACGAAGUUGCUAAAGAGAAAGAAGAGCCAGGUGACCGAUAGUAAUGCGGCUUUCUAUACUUACUCCUUGGACGAAGCAGGUUUCAAGGAUUGGCAUGCGGACAUCGCGGGAUCCUCGGUGGACACCAGUGAUGACGAGAUGGAGCUGUAUUGGGAUGUUAUACUACUGGCCGAGAGUCAAUUCCUUCUACCUAUACCUAGUUCUGAUGGUAAAAUAAUGAGGCAAAAUGUGAAAUUAUUCCAAAAAUAUACCGUCAAGAGAAUAGGUGAAUCCUUAAAUCAGAUAGUCAAGUCAAAGAAACCGCAUUCGGAUCAAGUUGUAGCUUCAUGGAGGAACCAUGGAUUACGCUAUACUUUGGUUUACUUACCUUUGCAUUUUAAAGGUGUGAUAUGGUGCAAGUCUGACAACGCAUACUUUCAUGUCAUAUUACCCCAGGAUAAUUUACAGGCUCGACGACAGGCAAAUGGAAAAGAAUGGUUGUUGGCAUUAUUGGAGCUAGCUAGUACCAUGGACAUGCAAUUUAUGAGGUUAUACAUCAGACGCGAUGACUUAAAUGGGAUAUCAACUUUUUUACACAAUUUGAACUGGAUCGGUGGGAAGCUGGUCCCCAACGAGGAUAGAAACAUCUUCAUCAAUAGCCCGACGAGCACAGAUAGUACUGGGUUUGAUGCAUCUUCGCUUGGCGAUGAAGCCUUUGUCAUAUUGGAGUUCGAGUGCUGA